CGGGACCCGGGCUGUUGGGAGUUGGUGGGGACAGCCGCCACCGCGGUCGAGGCAGCAGCGAGGCCGAGCCCGCCCCGACGACGCUCGCCCGGAGGCCCGGCCAUGGCCUCGCCGCUGAAGGUGGAGCAGGACGUGCAGGGCAAAGUGGAGUCGUUUCGGGCCCGAAUCGCACAGGAGGCCGAGGAUCUGGUGUCCACCUUUUUCCCUCAGAAGCUGUCAGAGUUGGACAGCCGCGUCCAGGAGCUCCGCCUGCAGGACCUGUCCCGCAUCCGCUCGGUGCCGGCCCCGGAGCCGCCCGUCACCCAGGACACGCCGGACACCGCGGGCGACGGGCCCAACCGGGAUCCGCCGCCCCCGCCGCCUGCCACCCUGCAGCCGGCGCCGCCCGGGAAGGGGGCCGCGUUGCCCGGGGGCGAGGGGCAGCUGCUGCGCAGCAACCAGCAUCUGGUGGAGCUGAUUGAGCGCGUCAAGCCCGAGAUCGAGCUGCUGAGGGAGAAGUGCAACACGGUGCGCAUGUGGGUGCAGCUGCUCAUACCCAAGGUGGAGGACGGCAACAACUUCGGCGUGUCCAUCCAGGAGGACACCGUGGACCAGCUGUGGACCGUGGAGAGCACGGCCGCCUCGUACCUGCGCCGCUUCUCCACCUACUACAACACGCGCGCCAAGCUCGUGUCCAAGAUCGUCAAGUACCCGCAGGUGGAAGACUACCGGCGCACCGUGGCCGAGGUGGACGAGAACGAGUACCUGAGCGUGCGCCAGAUCUUGCUGCAUGUGCGGAACCAGUACGCCACCUUGCACGACGUGAUCCUCAAGAACAUCGAGAAGAUCAAGACCCCGCGCAGCGCCAACACCGAGAACCUGUACUGAGGCUUGGGCCGCGGGCAGCCUGGGGGGACGGCCCGGCCUGCGAGCGCCGGGCAUCGGGCGCCCCCGAGCCCCCUGUCCGUUUUGUGUUGUUGUUGUUUUCCUUUGGGGGGACAGUGGAACGGACCAUCUCGUGUGAGGGGGCACCUGGGCCCAGCAGAAAAGACUGCCAUUCUGAGGAAAGCAGCUUUGUCGGUGACUACUGUGGCAUGGGUGACGCUGACCUUUUCCAAAGGUUGUUCAUUAGAAACAAAAGUUUAAAAGAAAAGUUAAUGAAACUUUUCCCUUGGUUCUGCAAUGUGUUACUUUGUUAAGACCUCAGGAAUGCUCCCUUUCCACCAUCAUUUGUUUUUGCAGAGAAAGGAGUUUCAGGGGAUGUAUGUUUAGGUCAUUGUAUGCCAUAAAUUUAGCAAGUUGAAAUAAAACUUGGUUUAACAUUUUA